AGUGAAGGUGAUUGGUUAGUUAGGAAUCACUCGGAAGGAAGGUACCCUAGGUCAAACAGUGUAAACAAAAAGGCGAACUAAGUUAAGCGAAACAGGAUUGUGCCUUUUGAAGGCCAUACAGACUAUUCGUUUUAUAGUGCGGGGACUAAAUAACGAUAUUACGUUGCCUCCGUAGGGUUAGCAGAGAAAACAAAUAAACCUGGCUGGUGUCGGUCUGCCAAAACAAUGGAGAAGUGGAGGAGUCACGUGCGUGGUGAAUUGUUCAACAGAGAUUGCCUUCAAAAAGAUCCUUUUUCUGGUGUGUUAGUUUCACUGUCAAGAUUGGAAGAGAAACUUGAUCUGCGAGACAAACUUUUUGACAGUCUUCAGCCUUGUGUUGAAAGACAUGAUGGAUGUGCAGUAAACGAUGAUCUGUCAAUCAAGCGUCAGCUGGCUCUGAGGGAGAGUGAACAUGAUAGAAUUAAGCUCAGGGAUCGGGUUUCUGACCUGACUGCGGCCCUGUACCUAAAAGAGGCAGAACUGCAGUACUGCCAUUCACAGGUUGUCCGUUUCCGCAAUGAAGCCUUGGUCUUGUGCCGUGAAAUGGCUUCUUUGAAGACCAGCAUGGACGACUACCAGUACUCCCUGGAGAUGCAGUCCAAGGAACUGAUGUCUCACAAGCAGGAGCUGGCGGCUCUAAGAAAUGGGCUCUCCACUGUCCAGCAAGAGAAAGAGGAGCUUCUGAGCCGCUGGAUGAAAGAAAAGAGACUGGAGGCAAAGCGGGUAAACAGAGCCAAUCAAAAGCAAGAAAGGAGGCAUCAUUUCUGCCCAGAAGCUCAACCGCUACAUCCAGAUGAUGGUGAACAAGAUCUGAAAUGUGAACCUAGCGUCAUGAAAAGUUGAGGUUAUUGUAUUGGUUACAUAACAAAACCAUUUAAAAAAAAAAAAAGUUAUGAUCAAUAUCAAAUAUUUUUUUACAGGAUGGGGUAUACUAUGGACAUCUUUGAGAUGGACUUUGUCAUUUUAUUUAGGCAUUUUGCUAUUAUAAUUAGGUGCAUUAACUUUUAUUUUAAUUUAUAGAUUUAUUAUAGAUAAUUAACUGUUUUUUAUAAUGGAUCUGACAACCAUGGUACCAUUAAUUUGUAUGUUUGUUUUUUUGUGUGCUGAUUUUACACAUUUGUAAUCACUAUGGUGCAUUUGAAAGUAUUAUACCGCUUAUUUGCUCUGAAUGAAUUUAUAUUUCACCAAGUCUGCAGCAACAGCAUAUUUGACUGUGAUACGAUGUUUUUCUAACAAUACUCAUACAAAUGAAAACAUUCAGAAUGAUUUUAGAUUUUCUCACAUUUAAUUAGAAAAUUAAAUAAAAAUCUGAAAUAAAAAAUGG